AACAUGGUGCGAAUUCCACGCCCCCGCCGCUUUUCCACCGGCGCAACCUCCGACACCUCAUCCUCCACGUCACCGGAACGGGGCGCCGACGACGACAAUGACUCCAUCAUGAUUAACCCCAACGAUUCCAUCUCCUCGCUCGCCGCAUCGGUCGAGCACGACCGCGACGCCGACAUGGAGGAUCGCCGCCCCCUCGCUCCCAUCGAAGCCCUCCCCGCCGAGCUGAUGAUCGCAAUCUUCGCCCGCCUGUCCUCCUCGCCGCAGGACCUGCGCAGCUGCAUGCUCGUGAGUCGCGACUGGGCGCGGAACAGCGUGGCCUUGCUCUGGCACCGACCGCAGACCAACAAUUGGAAGAGCUUGCAGACCGUAGUGCGGACCAUCUCCAAUAAGUCCACCUUCGACUAUCCGCAGCUCGUCCGGCGCCUGAACCUCUCCACGUUGAAUAAUCAGGUUAGCGAUGGCACGUUGAUGGCGUUUCGGGAAUGUAAGCGCAUCGAACGCUUGACCUUGACCAACUGCACCCGCCUGUCGGACCAGAGCGUCAAACCCAUGAUUGUGGGGAAUCGGAGCCUGCUGGCGCUCGAUGUCACGGGGCUGGAGGGAAUCUCAUCAGACACGAUGCUUGAGGUGGCGAAGAACUGCUAUCGACUUCAAGGACUCAAUAUCACGAACUGUCGCCUCGUCACUGAUGAGGGUCUUGAAGCCAUCGCUCGUAGCUGUCGACAUAUCAAGCGUCUCAAGUUUAAUGGCUGCAACCAAAUCACAAGCAAGGCUGUUCUAGAGUUUGCGGCCGCCGCCCAAUAUCUGCUCGAGAUUGACCUCCACUGUGUCCACCUCCUUGAAGACGAUGCCGUCACUGCACUGCUGUCAAAUGGCAACCAGCUCCGCGAACUGCGUCUUUCCCACUGCUCUCGCAUUACGGAUGCCGCCUUUCUCAACCUUCCGACCAAUGCUCAGUACGAGUCCCUCCGCAUCCUCGACCUGACGGACUGCAUCGAAUUGCAGGAUGCCGGUGUCCAGCGCAUCGUGACCGCCGCGCCCCGACUCCGGAACCUGGUGCUCGCCAAAUGCCGACAACUGACCGAUCGCGCCGUAAUCGCGAUCACGAGAUUGGGCAAGAAUCUACACUACAUCCACCUCGGCCACUGCGCACGCAUCACCGAUGCCGGUGUGCUUCAAUUGGUCAAACUCUGCAAUCGGAUCCGCUACAUUGACCUGGCCUGCUGCAGCCAACUCACCGAUCAAAGUGUGCACAUGCUGGCGACCCUCCCGAAACUCAAGCGGAUCGGGUUGGUGAAGUGUGAUAACAUCACGGAUCGAAGUAUCUACGCGCUGGCGAAACCGAGAAACGCGGGAAAUGCUCCGAAUAUUCCACCGCUCUAUGCACAAGCAAAUUUCAUCCCUGGGUAUAAUACUCAAAAUGCGAUGAGCGGGGCUACACCUAGCAGUUUGGAGCGAGUUCAUUUGAGCUACUGUCGGAAUCUGACGCUUAAUGGCAUCCACGCUCUCCUCAACAAUUGCCCUCGUCUCACCCAUCUGUCCCUUACAGGCGUCCAGGCAUUCUUGAGAGAUGAUCUUCUCCGCUUCUGCCGUGCAGCUCCUCCAGAAUUCAACGAGCACCAGCGCAACCUGUUUUGCGUUUUCUCCGGCCAUGGCGUCAAGGAUCUUCGCACCUUUCUGAAU